UUUCACAAGAAUAUCAAUAUGUGUAAAACUAUUCUUUUGUUAAGUCUGGCUUCGUUUGGCAGUCUGGUAUUGGCUGGUCAUUUUGAUGAGGAUCAGGGUGGUUCAUCAUACGAAGAAAAAACAAAACAUGUGGAGAUACCAAUUAUUAAGAAAUACGCCAUACCCAUUCCACAUCCAGUACCUGUCGAAGUGCCAAAAGAAAUUAAAAUACCAAUUCCUCAGCCUUACAAAGUACCAAUCGAAAUUCCUCAUCCAUAUCCAGUCGAAGUAGUUAAGCACGUCGAAAUACCCAUCGAAAAGCCCGAACCUGUUAUUAUUGAAAAACAUGUUCCUUAUGUUGUGGAGAAGCCAUAUCCUGUUUACGUGGAGAAAAAAUUUCCUGUGCCAGUGGCGAAACCAUAUCCUGUUCAUGUCCCGAUCUAUAAACACGUGUUUCAUUAUACAUCCAAGGGUAAAGGAGGACAUUAA